CAGUGCCUCGGGGAGACAAGCGAAGAAGGCAGAGAGCUGCGCCACCAGGAUCGCUUUCAGGGGUAGACAGGCGGGGAGCGGCUGAGCCCAGCCCCAGCCGUGAUACGGGAGCAGGCGGGGGAAGCCCUGGCAAUAAAAGCUUCAGAGCCAGCUGUGUACAGGAGGGUCGGGGAGAGGCUGAAGCUGGGAGGGAACCGCACUGAGCCUGCAGGUAGCUGGGGCAAGGUCCAGGAGCGGGGUGCCGGGGUAGGAGCCAGCUGUGCAGAGGAGGCUGGGGGAGAAAUGCUGGGCACGGAGGGCUCGAGCCAGCUGUGCGCAGGGGCAGUGAGGGAGAGACACUAGGCGGCGAGGGCUCGAGCCAGCGGCGUGCCGGGGCGACUGGGGAGGGCAGGUGCAAGCGCCGUCCGCUCUGCAGCAUGGCGAGGGAGCCCGGCACCCAGCUGCCAAGUGCCCUGCCCGCCCAGAGGAAGCUCCGCAGCGGUUUUGCCAAGCCCCGGCCCCUGUGAGGAGGGGAGAAGUUGGCGGCGAGUCUCGCACAGUAGUCAGCCCCCAGCCUCUGCCUAGCCCCGCCGCCCGCCGGGAGGAGGAUGAGGAGCCGCCCUGCCCAGGGGGAGACUGCCGAGGGUUGACUUCUGCACUGGAGCCUUGUUUGUGUUUCACUUAAGUUUGAAAUAUUAGAAGCUAUGGCAAAAGAAUGCCUAAAGAACUGCUGCAAAGGGUGUUUCUACAUGGAGAAGGAAAAGAAUGACUUUUCCAUGGAGAAGGAAUCUGAAGCUGCAGCCAAAAACAGGCAAAGCAUUGUGGAGAAACCUCCAUUGUCUUCUGUGUCAGUGAAGCGUCAAGUUGGCUGUUCCGAGGAUUAUCUCCUUGCGAAACUGCCAUCGGAUGGCAGGGAGGUCCCGUUUGUGCUCCCUCAUCUUAAACUAGCUUACAUACAACCCAAGAACCUUGGCAGUUCGUCGCACGUUGGGGGAAUUCAAGGAUCUGCCAGAGCUUUUGUUGGUGACAGGAAAGCAGAACUUUCCAAUAUAUACCAGCAAAGACCCCAUGGUGAUGUGGUGUAUAAUCCAUUCUAUAGGCAGCAGCAUAUUUCACCGGAUAUGACUAGGCGCUUCCCAGAAAAAUCAGAUGUGAGAUUAUAUGGAUCAGUUUGUGAUUUAAGGAGUAGCACACUUCCUGGAUCACCUGGUUUAAGCCAUUCCCUGUUUGAUCUCACAAAUCCACCCCAUCGUGUCAUCCAGAGAUAUGAUUCAGUCUCCAGUGUACCCAGUAGUACCUCCUCGAAGAAGGAUUCGCAAGGCAGUAACAGGAGCCUGGAUACCAUUACGUUAUCAGGUGACGAACGAGACUUUGGAAGAAUGAAUGUGAAACUGUGUUAUAUUCCUUCUGCAGAACAGAUCUGGAUCACAAUCUUGCAUUGCAAAGAUCUGAGCUGGCCUUCUAGUUGUGGAGAAAAUCCUUAUAUUUCUGUCAAAGGAAUUCUGAUGCUGCCUAAGCCAGUGCAGUUCAAAUCUUCAGCCAAAGAAGGUUCCAAUAACAUUGAAUUCAUGGAAACCUUUGUGUUUACUAUCAAAUUGCAAAUUCUGCAGACUGUAAGACUAGUGUUUAAAAUCCAAACUCAGACUCCCCGGAAGAAAACAAUUGGAGAGUGUGCCCUGCCACUACGAGAGCUCAAUUCACAGGAAUCAGAUCAUUGGCUGGAUAUAAUGCCUGCUUCCAAAGUUUCAGUAUGCAAUGCAGAACUUCAAAUAGGAACCUGUUUUCAAGCAAUAAACAACAGGAUUCAGUUACAGAUUCUUGAAGCCCAAAGCCUCCCAAGCUCAUCCACACCGCUCUCUUUAAAUUUCAUUGUGAAGGUUUCAAUGUUUAGUACAGAAGGAUUGAUUUAUAAGAAAAAGACUCGUCUAUUGAAACCCACCAAUGGACGAGUGAAGUGGGGAGAAACGAUGACUUUUCCAGUUAGCCCGAAUGAACAAGGAAUUAAUUUUCUCAUCAAACUCUACAGCAGGACCUCAGUGAGAAGAAAACACUUCCUGGGACAGGUCUGGCUAAGCUCUAAUAGCAGUAAUAGUGAAGCUGCAGAUCAGUGGAGAGAUACAAUCACAAACCCCGAAAAGGUUGUCAUUAAAUGGCAUAACAUAAAUCCAUCCUGAAGAUGUCAGAUGAAUUCAGUACUGAUAUGGACUUACUACAAGAAACUCCUGCACUCUUAAAAUGAACUAAUACAGAUAAGAAAAGGGAAAAUACUGCCUACUUGAAUGGAGUCUGGGCUUGCAUCACAUAUUGUUAACUGGAAAAAGCCAAAAGGAAAAGGGAUCAGAGCUUUCACAGAGUACUGCUGGCAAAAUACUGGUAUGAUAACAAGUGGGAAUUAGUGAAACUGUAUGCUGAAGUAAAACACCACCUUGAGAAGUGAACAGUUGUUGCUGUAGUUUUUCCAAGAAGGAUUCUAUAAUAUAGUGUUCAUGUACAUUUAAAGCAUAUUUUAAAAGGGAGUGUGUGGAAUUGAGCUCAUGCCCUCGUGCAUUUUAAACUUCUUUAUAGAAGGCUGGAAAGGGGGUUUGUGUGUAGUUUUGGUUUUGCUUUGGGCUUUUCCCAAAAGGAUUCCUCUGAACUUUUUAGUAACAAUAGAAACCCAGUUCUCAUCUUCCCUGGAAGUGUCGAUAGAUGACUGGAGAACUGGCAGGAUUAUAUUUUUGAUAUCAAGCAAGUGAAACUUUUUGUCAGUAACUCCUGAUUAAACAGUAGAAAAGAUGCAACAUCACAACACUUCCAUUAAGGCUUGAGAAUGUUCCCAUCCUCCUGAGACUUUCACAAAAUCAGGGAAAUGAAGACCUGAUAUUACUGAUAUUUUAAAAACAACACAAAAGCAGCAGAAUUUAAAAAAUGAACAAACCCCUUUUAGGCCACAUUUUUCUACUUUUUUAAGUAAAAGAGGCAACAAACAUUUUUUUUUUCCUUGCAGUCUGUAACAAUGUUGGUAUCCAGUCUCUGAAAGCAGAAACUUGAUUCUGAUUUUUCCCCAUUGUUCUCUGUUAUGGGUCUACAUGUGAGACCUUUAGUUGGGCAGGCUCACGUUGACAUUAGUGGGGCCCCUUCAUUAAGAUCAAGGGGUCACAUGAGUGUUGACUCCCUUUGAACAGAAUGAAAUGAACAUCUCUACAAAUGAGCAAACUUCAUGGGGUAGAGCCUCAGCUGCGUCCUUGGAGCACUUAGCACAGCUAAGGAGUGGGGAACACACGGGGAUCCUGGGGUCACCCCACGCAGCAGUCAGAGCUCAAAGACUACUCUACCCUGUGCCAGCUAGCAGCAGCCACAAAGGGCCAUUAAAACAACCAGGGAUAGCGGUGGGGCAUGGACCCUCUUUCAUCCCAGCUGCCACUGCUAUUCUGACACAGGGAGUGGAAUAGUGCUGUAAGAGUUACUAUGGCUACUCUGUGCCACCCAAAGAUCUCCCUAUGCAGGUGAGGUACUGCAGGGGCUGGAUCUGUUUGCUUUAGGGCUGCUUUGUGCUGGUGAAAUGGCGAAAAGUGGCCAGAGCAAGGCCUGGGAUUGGGGCCAGUAUUUGUGGAUAAAUUUCUCCAUUUGUAUUUUUUAGAACAUAAACCACUUCCUAUCUAAUCAAUGAUGUUGUAGUGUUUACUUACAUUUUUUUGAAAGCCAGACUAACCUGUACUGUGGAACAGGCAAAUAUUUACUGAUCUAGAAGUGCUUAUAAAAUGUUCAUUAGAACACAGCACACCGUAGGACUCAAGUUUUAUUUAAGAGGUAGGCCGAAAGUGAGAGUAAAUUUUAAUACAGCUCUAAGAAUCUGAAGAGUAACAAUCUGAGGUACAUCUUCGGUACAAAUGGCACCAAUGAUUUUUUUUUUUUUUUUUUUUUUUUUUGGUGCCACCGUGGCCACACAAUAGUUAAAUCUAGCUUCUUUUCAUUCCAUAUCUUCACAUAGCUGUUUAUUAAGAAGAAGACGAAUUUUCACUCUGGGCUUUAAUUUGAUAAAUAAGCUGCAUGUAUAAUAUACAGACAUCUAAAACCCACAAACCUUUUUGCGCACCUGCAACUAUUGGAUUGUUAAAAAAUAAAUCUGUAAAUAAGUAUUUACACGAUCACUCAUCCCUUACCAAUUCCUUAUUCGCUACCUAUACAGAGUGCACAGACACUGUCUGCGUACUCUAAAGACAGACCAAAUGAAUUUACCUUCUUGGUUAACUUCAAAUCCACUCACACACGAUGGGUUUGCAUAUUUGGAUUUGAAUGAGAAUGUUUUUGGAAUAUCCUCUUCUUAGAGGAGAGAGAGGCUGUGAGAAGGAACAGCUGAGGGCCAGAAAAAAUAAUUUAAUGGAAGAACACACACCUUGUAGAUACAGUCCUGUAAUAUUUGUUUACAGUUUGAUGCAGGGAAGGAUUUUCAUGAAUGUCUUUCCAGUUUUUUGACCAGCUAUAUUGUUGGCUGAAACUUUUCAAAUUUCAGCAAAUUUUCAAUGACAUUUGAGCAAAAAACAAAUGUGGGGAGAAUGCGAAGAUUUGUGUGUGUGUGUGUGUAUUUCCACUUUUUUCACCAGCUCCAGAAAACAACUAAAACCAGGUUUUAAUAUUUUAGCCCUGGAUCCUCAGAGGCAAAGGUUGAAUCCUGCUCCCACUGAUGUCAGUGGCAAAAUUCUCAUGGGGCCAAACUCAUCCUAGGUUAUAGUACUGAUUUAUGUCUGAUCAAUUUGACCUGCUGACUUCAGUGAGAACAGAAUCUAGCCUUCGCUGCUCUUUCUGUAAUCUCUCUAUUUUAAUAUGUCCGAUGUAUCUCCUUUCACGAUAACAAAAGUAUUGUAAGCUGAGUAUCUGUUGCUUCGCGCAGGCCUGGUCAGCACUACUACUGGGGGAGGGAAGGAGAAGGACAAGGAAUGUUCCAACAUUUUGGAAGCCACAAUUUAAACACUCCUCUUUAGAGAAGACUUUAUAAUAAAAUUACUUCAGACACUGAGCCUUGUUUAAAACAUAACUGGUCAUGUUCCCUUCUUGCGAUGUUGACAUUUUAGUAUAUACCUUUACGUUAACAUUUAUUCUAUAUACAUAAGUAAUAAACAGUGUGUUUACAUCUGA